AUGGAAAUGCAUCAUCUCAUCAUCCAUUUUCUUAUAGUAGUGACACAGUUUCUUACUGGGGUCCUCACAAACGGCUUCAUCGUGGUGGUGAAUGUGGUGGACUUCAUCAAGCACAGACAGAUGGCUCCUUUGGACCUGCUCCUUUCCUGCCUGGCGACUUCACGGAUUACUCUGCAGAUGCUCAUCAUCCUCUCACAUCUGGUUCUUCUCUCCUUCGUGAAAAUCAGAGCUCCCCUCAGGGCCCUGCUGUCCAUCCUGUCCUUCCUGAUCCUCUACUUCUCCCAUUAUAUGAUGUCCAUUUUGUUCAUGUUUCAAACGUUGCAGUUUGGAAGCUUCCUCUUUGAGUUCUGCUCCUUGACAGUUGCCAUCUACCCAUCUAUUCACUCUGUCAUCUUAAUUUUAGGAAAUGCUAAGCUGAAACAAAGUGCAAAGAGGUUCUUGCUCUGUGGUCAGUGA